AUGGCCCCAAUAACAUUAAGCGCCGACUCAAUCGACGACCUCAUCUACUCAGCUCGCGCAGGCGACCUUGAAGCUCUCCAAUCCGACCUCUCGGCUCUGAGUGUCCAGCACAGCGUCCCUCAGUCUGUAAUCAUCGCCUCAGCAAUCGACACGGAGCCUGAAGAGGAGGGCGGCACAGGAAGCUGCCUGUUACAUUUCCCCGCCGCGAAUGGGAACUUAGAAAUCCUAACACACCUCCUAUCUCUUCUCGUCCAGGCUCCCUCAUCGUCAUCACUCAGCAAAGAGGAUGUGGCUGCGGUGAUCAACCACCGGAACCACUCGGGGAACACGCCGUUGCACUGGGCGGCGCUGAACACGCAUCUCGAGUGUGUGAAGGUGCUUGUUGAGGCCGGGGCUGAUGUUUCGGUGAAGAACGAGGCCGGGCUCGACCCGGUGUUUCUGGCGGAGAGGGCCGAUUGGAGUGCGCAGGAUGAGCAAGCUGAAGGACAGGAGGAGAAGGAGGGAGACGAGGAAGUUGAGAUUGAAAUUGGUGCCCAGAGUGAGGGCGAGGGCGAGGGUGCGGCUGCGACUGGGCCUUUGACUAAGGGGAGAGAGGUUGUUGAGUGGUUGUUGGCGAUGGAUAAGAGUGAUGAGACUGAGGGGCCGUCGAGUGGUGCUAAUGCAGCCUCAGGUUCUGGAGCUGGGGAGGAAGCGAAAUGA